AUGCAGUUAAAGCCCUCUCUUUGGGCGGUGCUCCCACUGCUUUUGAAUCUCAGUUCUUCAGUCCAGGGAGCCAGUUCACCUGCUUCAAGGAAUCGUAUUGCAAAAUCUUUGCGAAGAUACACCGGAGCUAGUCUAGGCAACUCCAGCAACAAUGUCUACCAGACCGACUUCGAUGGCGUGACCUGGGAUGAUGAUAACUGGCUGCUAUCGACCACAAAUCUGGAGCAAGGACAAUUCCAGACGCGAGGAUCCGUGGCGAAUGGUUACCUGGGCAUCAACGUUGCCAGUGUAGGUCCGUUUUUCGAGGUUGAUUCGCUUGAAGAUGGGGGUGAUGGGAUUAGCGGCUGGCCUUUGUUCUCCCGCCGACAGUCAUUUGCGACAAUCAGUGGAUUUUUUGAUGCGCAGCCUAAUACCAAUGAGUCCAACUACCCAUGGCUGUCCCAGUAUGGCUGGGAUAGUGUGAUCAGUGGAGUGCCACACUGGAGUGGCUUGGUUUUGGACCUUGGCAACGGCACCUACUUAGACGCCACUGUCGACAACACGACUAUCUCCAAUUUCAGCUCGACUUAUGACUUCAAAUCGGGUGUUUUGCUUUGGAAUUACACCUGGACCCCUGAGGGUGCAAGUGGAUCUUUUGCCAUUACCUAUCGCCUUUUCACCAAUAAGCUUUGGGUUAACCAAGCCGUGGUGGACAUGCAAAUCACUCCGAGCGUUGAUACAAAUGCCACAGUCGUAAACGUUCUGGAUGGAGCUGCCGCCGUACGGACUGAUUUCGUCAAUUCCGGCGAAGAUGACGGUGCCAUUUAUUCUGCUGUGCGACCAAAUGGAGUGGCAAAUGUCACUGCCUACAUUUACGCAAACAUUACAGGCCCCGGCAUCGACUUGUCUUCGCUACAAAUUGUGACUGACAAGCCAUAUGUCAGCACAAACGACUCAUCUAUUGCCCAAUCUGUCACUGUUAAUCUCAAGGCUGGCACAAUUUCCCACAUCACCAAAUUCGUUGGUGGGGCAUCUUCGGAUGCCUUUGAAAACCCCCAACAGGUCGCCAAGAAUGCUUCUUCGACCGGCCUGAGCAACGGAUACCUUCGAUCUUUACAGUCUCAUGUAACUGAGUGGGCCAGCGUCAUGCCGGAUGAUUCGGUCGACCACUACACAUUCCCCAACGGUACUCUGCCACAAGAUCCCCUUAUUAUCGAUUCUGCUGUGAUCGCUGUCGCAAACACAUACUACCUUCUCCAAAACACCGUUGGCCCCAACGCGGUAAAUGCGUCUUCAUCAACCUCUCUGAACACAGACAGUAUCUCGGUGGGUGGUUUGACUUCUGACUCAUACGCUGGCCAAGUUUUCUGGGAUGCCGAUCUUUGGAUGCAGCCUGGUCUCGCGGCAUCACAUCCUCAGUCUGCUCAGCGUAUCACCAACUACCGCGUGAAGCUGUAUGCACAGGCCCAGGAGAAUAUCAAGACUUCCUAUGCUGGCUCCCAGAACCAGACACAGUUCUCUUCGUCUGCAGCCAUCUUCCCAUGGACUAGUGGGCGUUAUGGCAAUUGCACUGCUACUGGCCCUUGUUGGGAUUACGAAUACCAUUUGAACGGAGACAUUGGCAUGUCAUUCGUUAAUCAGUGGGUCACUACGGGUGAUACUCAAUUUUUCAAGGAGACUCUCUUCCCAAUCUAUGACUCUGUUGCUACGCUAUACACAGACCUUUUGGAGCGCAAUGGGUCUUCGUGGACUUUGACCAACAUGACAGAUCCAGACGAGUACGCGAAUCAGGUCAAUGCGGGUGGCUUCACCAUGCCACUCAUUGCCCAGACAGUCACAAAUGCCAAUGCCUUCCGACAGCAAUUUGGGCUUGAAGAAAACUCAACCUGGGACGAAAUGGCUGAUAACGUUUUGAUCCUUCGCGAAAAUGGAGUGACUCUCGAGUUCACUACAAUGAACGGGAGUGCAGUGGUAAAGCAAGCCGAUGUGGUUUUGAACACAUAUCCGCUAGACUACACGUCAAACUACACUACAGAAGAUUCCUUGAAUGACCUAGACUACUAUGCGGCCAAGCAAUCAUCUGAUGGGCCCGCUAUGACCUGGGCGAUCUUUUCCAUCGUGGCUAAUGACAUGUCUCCGUCUGGGUGCUCAGCUUAUACAUAUGCCCAGUAUGCGUUUAGACCAUAUACCCGGGCUCCAUUCUUCCAGAUGUCAGAGCAGUUGAUUGACAACUCCACCACCAACGGCGGUACUCACCCCGCGUUCCCAUUCCUCACUGGUCAUGGUGGUUCUAACCAGGUUGUCCUGUUUGGAUACUUGGGGUUGCGCCUGAAACCGGACAGCACUCUCCAUGUGGACCCGAAUUUGCCACCUCAAAUUCCCUAUCUCACGUAUCGAACUUUCUACUGGCACGGAUGGCCAAUCUCUGCUUGGUCUAACUAUACCCACACCACGAUCAGCCGGGCUUCCUCUGCUCCUCUCGGCACUGCAGACAUGCAAUUCGCAAACACGUCGAUCAACGUCAGCGCGGGCUCGGAUUCGAACUUGACAACUUACCAGCUGCCCUUGACCGGCUCAGUGGUAAUCCCCAACCGCCAGGUCGGGUCUUCGAACACAGUGGCCGGAAAUCUAGUACAAUGCCAACCGGUAGAUUCCCUCGAUUCCUACCAGCCUGGCCAAUUCCCCAUUUCUGCAAUCGACGGAGCAGCUUCGACUAAAUGGCAGCCAUCUCUCGCAGCAAACUGGAGCUCUAUUACUGUCUCGCUCGGCGAAGAAAAAGGCUCUAUGGUGACAGGCUUCUACUUCGAUUGGGCCAAAGCUCCCCCGGUCAACGCGACCGUGAUAUUCCACGACCAAAGCAUCCAGCAAGCGUUGACCUCGUAUGACGCGACCAGUCCGAGCUCAGACUACACCGUUGUGACUACGCUCAACGGAAUCGCGCUUUCGGAUCCCUAUGAUGCGACAACCACCAACCUUGAUACAGUUGUCAUUCCCACGGGAAAUACCACCAACGUCACACUGCCUUCACCUAUCCCGGCUACGCAAUAUGCAUCGCUGCUGAUUUUGGGAAAUCAGGGUCUGGAUGCUGUUGAUGUGCAAUACAUGAAUGGAACAGGUGCGACGGUUGCUGAGUGGGCUAUUCUCGGCCCGACCAACACGACUUCGUCUGCUUCCAAGAACAAGAAGAGGAAGUUGGGAAUGAAGGCGGCGAGCUUCUCAGACUCGGGAUCGAUGAUGCGUCGUCGUCGUGCUCAGCACUAG